AUGGCCGCUGGGGCUUCACCGCAAGCGCGCUUAACUAUACGCGACGCCUUCGAGCGAUUUGAGGCAACGGUCAGCCCAGACGAUUCCCGCCAGUUCAGCACCACGGAGCUCAAGGACGUCAGGGAUGCGGCCCUACAGAUCGAAACGCAGCUUGCCGCACGGCAGAGCCUGCGAAACAUGCGACGCCUGCAGCCAUUCCUGGAUGGGUUGGAGCAUUAUUCGAAGUCAGUUGAGAUUUUGUGUAACGGAACGCCUUAUCUUUCUUGGAUCUGGGCUCCGGUGAAAUUAAUGCUUCAGCUAUCGGCUGAUUACCUUAAAGUUUUCGAAAAGCUGAUAGAAGCGUACGGGAAAAUCGCAGACGCCCUGCCACGCUUUGAUCGGCUGAGCGCGGCUCUGAAAGAGAAUCACGACUUUCAGGCCGUCCUCGCCAUCUUCUACGCCGACAUCCUAGAAUUUCACCGCCGUGCGUACAAAUUCGUGCGCAGAAAAUCGUGGAGUAUACUCUUCACAUCAACAUGGGCUGGCUUCGAUUCUCGAUUCAAUUCAAUCCUUGCGAGUUUGGCCUAUCAUAGCGAGCUAGUCGACAAAGAAGCCCAUUCAGUCCACAUUGCCGAAGCCAAACAAUGGAGGAAACUGCAGACAGAGCUAGAAGACAAGAAAGAAAAGGAGAGAAAUGCGGCUCAACUCAUUAACGUCAUGUCUUGGCUUGGAUUAAGCGGCAUCGCUCAAGAGGACGAACUUGAUCGGAUCUUACGACUGUGCCUUCCGGGCAGCUGCGAUUGGCUAAUCAAGCACACCAAAAUUGAUUUGUGGCUGAAGGACAGUCCAACUCACUCGCUGAUAUGGCUCCAUGGGAAGCCAGGAGCAGGCAAAAGCGUCAUCUGCUCAAGUCUUGUCCAAUCAAUGGAAAAGCAGAAGAUCAAUGUCUUUUACUACUUCUUCAGCUAUCGAAACAGUGCAGCGGAGACUUCCACUCGGCUUCUUCGGUCACUUACUGCGCAGGUCAUUCAGAAGUUCCCGGACCUCGCGGGAUACGUUCACGACGAAUACGUUCUCUCACACUCAACGGCAUCUCUAAGAGCAUUAAGGAAACUUCUUCCGAAUCUGCUCAUCAGCGCCCAGUCCUCGCGGCUUGUGAUUGACGGCAUCGACGAAUGCGAUCCUGAUGAGCAGAAAUUCAUUAUUGAACAUAUUCUAGAGCUGUUGCCAACUGGUACUUCCUCACACAUUUGCAAAAUCCUCGUUUCCAGCCGGGAUGUACCUACAGUCUCUCGCAACUUGCGGAAAAAGACUAAGAUAGCAACUGAGAUCUCUCUUAGCCGCGAGCACCAAUCGGUCGACAAUGUCAUCGAAUGUUUCAUUCAGAAAAGACUGUUAGAAUUGCAAGAUGACAUUGGUGAAUUGGAACAUGACGGAGCAGUUGUCGACAAUACUAGACGUACGCUCGCUGAGAAAGCGAAUGGCAAGCAUGGAAUGUUCCUUUGGGUUCAUCUCGUUUUGGUCUCCCUAGAGACCGUUCAUAGCAUUCGGGAGCUUCACGAUAUCGUGAAAACUAUACCUGCAGGUUUACCCGAAUUGUAUAACCGCAUCCUGGCACGCAUCUGCGAUGAGCGCAAUCCAAGAGAUCGUGAUAAAGCUUUGCGAAUCCUGAAGUGGGUUUGUUUUUCUCAAAGGCCGCUGAAGAAGUUCGAACUUCUGAAUGGGAUUGCUCUGACCCCGGAGAACACCGCCUUGGAUGGAAAUUCCACGGUAGUAGAACGCGUCCUCGAUGUUUGUAAACCUCUGAUCGAGGAGCGGCCUGAUAGCGCUAUAGUGUUCGUUCAUUUCUCCGUCAGAGAGUUCCUUGUGACAUCUCAAGCUAUGACCACCAUUAAAAAAAUUGAAGCUCACCAUGACAUCGCAUUCGCCUGUGCAACCAUACUGAUGUCUGGUUUUGACUUGCUGAGGCCAGGACUGACUGAAGGAGAUUGCUUGAUGCAAGUUGCGAGCGGUCUCUAUGGACUUGUUCCAUAUGCAAGCGAAUACUGGGUCGAGCACCUCCUCACUUACGCGUACUGUGUUGGUACGCUGGAUCAAUCUCACCCGCUUAUGCUGCACUUCUCCCAAGUCCGCGAAAAGCAUGACCAGCUGUCGACGAUGUUGAAGAACGGUGAGAACGGAGCUGCCUCUCUGGGCGGAUAUCCUUCACAAGAUCAACUGGACAAGCGCCUUGGCUUACUGGCCCACCUUCCUGUGCAUCAAUUGGUCCAUGAUACUCUCCGCGUUCGAUGGAUGUCGAACCAGGAAGCCUAUGAAAGCGGGAAAGACGCCGAGACCUACGCUUUGCACCAUGAUCGGACUUUCUUCAGCAGGCUGACGAACACCUUCAAUAAUUUUGUACUUCAGCUUCUUGCAGAAGAGGAUAUCCCUGGAGUAACCAAAGAUAAGUUGGCAGCUCUCAAACGCUCCUACGCUUCGUCUGCCUUCCGCUGCCGCUAUUCAUCCUGUCCGAACGCAUCUGUGGGGUUUGCAUCGGACCAGCUCAGGACUCAACACGAAGCGCUGCACCUGCGGCGCCAAUUCUGCAAAACGCCCACCUGCUCCUGGAGCAGAAUAGGCUUCCAGAAUCGGAAGGGACUCGAGGCCCAUAUGCGGAAUUUCCACGGCGAAAAGAAAACAGUGCCUAUCCCAUCUAAAGUUCGACGCACACUCGGAAAUCGCGAUUGUGAGAAAGACGAGGAUCUUCCAGAUUCCACAGCAGCACCGAGCCCGCCUCCGCCGACAGGAGCUGGUCUUGAAGCGGAGAUAGCAGACGUCGGAAAUGCUCUCUGUGACCUGCACAUGGACACACUCCCAGAAAAGUUCAAAAAAGAAGGGCCCGACUGGCACGCUGUUUUCAAUCCUCGCGUACGUCGUGUUUUGGACGUGAAUCUGAUUCAUGACUUGCCGUGUCAAAACGUGGUGCUCUGCGUACGCUUCAGCUCUGACGGUCUUUAUCUUGCAACUGGCUGUAAAAGAUCCGCUACGAUCUUCGAUGUCGAAAUGGGUUUGUCGAUAGUCCGUCUCGAGCACGGUGCCACGUACAUCCGAAGUGUUUGCUUCAGUCCUGAUGGUAGGAAUCUCGCUACCGGUGGCGAUGACAAGGUUAUUAGAGUCUGGGAUAUUGAAGCGCGUCAAAUCAGACACCAAUUGUCUGGUCACGACGAAGAAAUCUACGCCCUCGACUUCUCUCGCAACGGUCUUUUCAUCGCUUCCGGUGGUUUCGACCGCACUGUCCGUCUAUGGGAUACCAGCACUAACCAGCAGGUCAUGGUAUUCACGGCCGACGAUGGCUUUUUUUCUAUAGCUAUCUCUCCCGAUAACCGCUUCGUCGCAGCUGGCUCGCUUGAUAGUAGCGUCUAUAUCUGGGAUAUUAGCAACGGACGCUUAGUCGAGCAUCUAGAGGGGAAAGACGGCCAUAAGGCCAGCGUUUAUUCUGUCGCUUUCGCACCGAACGGCAAAGAUCUUAUCUCUGGUUCUCUAGAUAAAACUAUCAAGGUGUGGGAGUUAUCGAUGCCACCUGAAAAUAUCCCGGGGACUGGAUGGAUGGUCGGCAAGUGCAUCAAGACGUUCGAAGGCCACAAGGACUUUGUUCUCGCUGUCACCAUGACUCCCGACGAUGCCUGGGUGCUUUCCGGCUCUCAGGACAGAGGCGUGCAGUUCUGGGAUCCUAAUACCGGUGUUGCUCAUUUGAGGAUUCAAGGCCAUGAAAACGCAGUUGUGUCAGUGGCUACCAGCCCCAUGGGCAAUAUUUUCGCUACUGCCAGCGCCGAUAUGUGUGUAAGGAUCUGGAGGUAUUCAAAUUAUUGA